UCAUGGGCAGCGAGCCACAUGUUAAUGGGUCAACGUCCCGCAAUAAGACUUCUUUGUGCAGUGGGAUUGACUGCAACGGCGGCUUAAACCGAAUAUUCCACCGUUUGGACGUUGGCGAAGAGCUGGGAACACCCCCAACCACCUCUCACUCUCUCUUCGAUCAAAUUUCAUUUUCCUUUCUCCAAGCUUCCUAAUUCUGGAAUCAAACUCCCAUGGCAGUGGCCUCAGAAACCGCAGAGGGGAUUGAUCCCCUGCCAAUGGAGCCUUCUGCUUCAAAAUCUACUUCUGACUUGCCUUCCGAAUUGUCUUCCCCAUCUUCUCUUUUCUCCGCUGCCGACACGCCUGAUCUAACCGACCACUCCAAUUCUUCUCCAAACCCAAACCGCGAUGGCGAUAUUCAGCCGUUGGCAUUAUUGAGGAGUGAAGAGUACCGACAACUUUUCCGUCUUCCAUCUGAGGAAGCCCUUGUACAGGAUUUUAAUUGUGCAUUCCAGGAGAGUAUUCUUUUUCAGGGGCAUAUGUAUCUUUUUACGAGCUAUAUUUGUUUUUACUCCAACAUUUUUGGAUUUGAGACAAAGAAAAUAAUUCCCUUUAUUGAAAUUACAAGUGUGAAAAGAGCCAAGACAGCUGGAAUAUUCCCUAAUGCAAUAGAAAUAUUUGGCGGAGGGAGAAAGUACUUCUUUGCGUCAUUCCUAUCCCGUGAUGAAGCUUUCAAGCUCAUCAAUGAUGGAUGGUUGCAGCAUUGCAAUGGUGCUAAAGCAAUACCAGAACAUCAGGAAUCAAUAUCUGUGUCUAAUGGUCAAGAUGAUGGACUUGUUGUAAUUGAAAAGGUGGAUAGCUUUAAAGAAGUCAAUGAAUUGGAUUCCAGUGCCAGGGAUAAGGAUACUUCUCCUUCAAAUGACUAUAAGCUUUCACCCCCUUCCUCAGUUGAGAAUGACAGUGUCUCAGUAACACUUACAGAGACACAAGAUAAUGUGGAACGGGAUGUUGAACGAGUUGGAUAUAUCGACUCUUCAUCUUCAGUUGAAACUUGGACAUGGAAUGAGGAGGAAACUGAUGCACCUGAGAUUCGAAAAUCAUAUACAAGAGUAGGGGAAACAAAAUUUCCGAUAAAGAUAGAGGAGUUUUUUAAUUUGUUCUUUUCAGAUGGUGCUAGAAAGUUUGUUGAAUCUUUCCAUAAAAGAUGUGGAGAUAAAGAAUUCAGGUGCUCUUUGUGGUACCCACAGGAGAAGUUUGGGCAUACUCGUGAUGUGUCAUUUCAACAUCCAAUAAAACUUUAUUUUGGUGCAAAAUUUGGCAGCUGCCAGGAGGUCCAGAAAUUUCAAAUAUACAGAAACAGUCAUUUGGUUAUUGAGACGUCACAAGAGAUCAAUGAUGUACCAUAUGGAGAUUAUUUUCGUGUUGAGGGGCUAUGGGACAUAGUUAAAGAUGGUGAUGAAUCAAAAGAAGGCUGUAUUUUGCGGAUAUAUGUGGAUGUGGCAUUCAGCAAGAAAACUGUUUUCAAAGGGAAAAUAGUGCAGUCUACCUUGGAAGAGUGUCGUGAAGCUUAUGCAUUAUGGAUAAAUAUGGCACAUGAAUUGUUGAAGCAGAAGAACCUUGAAAGACGAGAAGAAGGUCGUGCUACUAGUGUGAUUCAGAAUCGUGAAGUGAAUUUGGAAAGUGAAGUGAAGACUGGGGAAGCCUUGGAAAGGUCAACAAGCCAGUUAAAUGACCAUGGAAGGCUGGCACAUGUGUCUGGUUUAUUGGAUGUCAAUGAAAGGGUUGGUAACCUCGUGCAAGGAAACUUCAUGAAUGCUACAUCAGAUGCAUCUUUGUUAGGAGAAUAUGUGGCAAAAUUCUGUAAAUAUUUGAAAAGCCAGAGCCAAGUUACCAUGAUCUUAGUUGUUGCAUUCGCUGUUAUCAUCCUGAUGCAGGUACGCAAAUACGUAUCAUUCCUUACAGUGAUCGGAGGAUGUUUUAAUACAGUUGUACGGUUUAAUGAAAGAAUGUGGCAUGAUGUUUUCUACCUUGUUGGUUCUGUGGCUAAACUAUGUCAUGUGCCUUAUGCAAAGUUAUUUGUGCUGCUUAGUCUUACCCCACAAACUUUAGCAUUGUUCAACAAGCUCCUUCGUCCAAGAAGGGGUUUUUAUUCCACAUCUCACUGGGCUAGGCACUUGUUGUUCUAUGCAAUCAGAGACUGGAUUCCUUAUACGAGUCACUACCUUCAUAAUUUGAAAUGACCAGUAGUUGUUGCAAAAUAGCUUUUUCCUGUGCUCAUGGUUUUGUGUGUAAAUUAUCUGACCCCGUCUUAUCAUUAUGACAGUAGCCUUCUAUUGAGCUCAAUUUUUGAUUUUAGGUGAGCAUACUUGUCCUAUUGAACAGACCCCAAAAUGUUCAUGUGGCUCCUUCGGGAAACUAUUACAUAGGCAGCAUGGGUGGUGGAAUAGGCGAAAGAUCAGCUGAAGCUGUGGCUUGGUUAGAGAGGCGGAUGCACCACC